AUGUGGAGGCCGGGCCAAUGGUCCACGCCAACUGGCAAUACCCCCACGAACUCCCCCCCUCCUGGCGCCCUCCCGUACCACCACCAACAAAGCCCCCUCUUCAACAAUAGGCCCUACAGUCCCAGUCCUCUACCCGGGGGUAUCGGAACCAGCGGCCGGAGAGCGCAGCUCACGCCUCGCGCAUCGUCACUGAGUCUCGCCUCCAACACCGCAUCCGCGACGGGUUCACCCGCCUCGCUGCGCGGUCAGCAUAAUGUUAGUAGUGGUAGCGGUGGAGCAGGAAAGAGGGCUGUCUCUGGAGGGCCCCGGCCGGCCGGGGUGCGGCAUCCCCUGGAUGUCCUGGAGGAGAUUCUGGAUGCGCAGGUUAAGCCUUUGGUUGAAGAGGAGGAGGAUGUGAUUGGGAAUGGGAGCUCAUGGGAGCCGGAGGUAGAGGAUGCGGAAGGGAUUGAAUUUGGAGAGGGGGGGUUGGAAGAGUUCUUGAAGUGUGAGGAGGGGAGAGAGGUUCAGGCGAGGGAGAUUAAGAGUAGGGCUAGGGCUUAUAGUGCUCAUUCUAUUGAUGAAUGUUGGUUUUCACCCCUAGAUUCGAUUGGAUUCGAUUGGAGAGAAGAUGUAAAGGCUAAGAGUGAAUGAACAGAUGAGAGAGAGAAGGGCAAGUUUCAGGAUUUGCAUCGGUCGAUUAAAUCUUGCGAUGAGGUGCUUAAGUCUGUCGAGUCGUAUUUGUAUUCUUUUCAGACGGAUUUGGGGGUUGUUAGUGCGGAGAUUGAGACAUUGCAGGAUCGAUCGACGAUGCUGAAUAAGAGGCUUGAGAAUCGGAGGGUGGGUUCCGUUAUCUUUUCUAAGAGGGAAGAAGACCUGAGCUAAUUGGGGGGACUAUAGGGCGUUGAGAAGCUUCUUGGGCCCGUCGUUGAAGCUGUUGCGCUGUCACCAAAUGUUGUUAAGAGGAUUAUCGACGGGGAUGUCAAUGAUAGUUGGGUGAGGAGUUUACAGGAGGUGGAUACUAAAAUGAAAGCUAUUGCUGCAUUGGAUUCUACGAAGGUUAAAGCUACUAAGGAUGUUAAGCCUGAGCUGGAUCGUCUUGAACACAAGGUACGUCACAGUCGAUUUUUCAGGGCCGGGUGCUGAUUUGUGAGCUAGGCUAUAGAGAGGGUUAGGGAUUUCUUUGUUGCGAGGAUUAAGGCUAUUAGAGUUCCUGGUGCCAAUGCUCAGGUUAUACAGCAGUCUGGAUUCCUGAGGUACAAAGCGUUAUUCCAGUUCAUGGCCAAUCACCAUGUUCAAUUGGCCGAUGAGAUUGGUCAGGCUUAUAUCAAUACAAUGAGAUGGUAUUACCUGAGCCAUUUCACACGGUAUCAUAGGUCUCUCGAGAAAUUAAGGCUUCAUGUGAUGGACAAGCACGAUGUUGUAGGCCAAGAGGAGCCCGCAAGAAGGAGUAUGCCUCUCACCCACGCCAGAUCGAAUACCCAAACUAACAUUCUAGACAACCUCAUCCCAUCUCUUAAAUCCUCCGCACACCCUUCCUACGACGCAUUCAAUAUCGGCCGACGGAUAGACACCCUAAAAAACCGCACGGCGCCGAUACUCACAGCAAGCCAGGCUGAAGAAGACCGCACACCCCACUACCCCGAAAUACCAUUCCGCCAUUUCAACACCGCCCUCAUAGAAAACGUCUCGUCGGAAUACUCUUUCAUUACCGAAUUCUUUUCGCACAAAACCUACGACCAAGCCUCGACAGUGUUCCACCAAAUCUUCGACCCAACCUUCGCCCUCGGCCGGACCUUCACGAAGUCCCUCAUUGACUCCACCCUCGACUGCCUUGGCGUUUUGCUCUGCGUGAGACUGAACCAAUACUCCGCCUUCGAGAUGCAAAAACGCCGAAUCCCCGCUGCAGACGCGUACAUCAACGCAACGAACAUGCUCCUCUGGCCACGGUUCCAAAUAAUCAUGGAUGCCCACUGCGAGUCUCUCCGCCGUUCCACCACUUCAACAUCCGGCCGUGGUGGUGUCGGUGUGGGUGGGGGACCAUCAACCAAACAACAAAGCACAGCCCCGCAUUUCCUCACCCAGCGAUUUUCCGGUUUCAUGAAUGGGAUACUUACACUCAGCGCUGAAGCGGGGGAUGACGAACCGGUCGCGAAUAGUCUCGGUAGGCUGAGGAGUGAUUUUGAAGCAUUCCUGACCAAGUUGAGUGCUGCGGUUACCGAUGCUAAGAAGAGGGAGAGGUUUUUGUUUAAUAAUUAUUCUUUGGUGUUGGCUGUUAUUGGGGUUUGUUACUUGUUCCCUCCUGCUUGGUUGGCUGACUGACUGACGGGUGGGUCUUCUGGAUAGGAUACUGAAGGGAAAAUGGCUUCAGAGCAGAAGGCGCAUUUCGAGAUGUUGAAGAAGGCGUUUGGGAGUGGGGGUGGGAGUUGAAAAGUUAAACUUGUGAGCGAUGGAUUGUGCCGCGAAUGGAUUAUUUACUAUGGAACGAAUGUUUAAGAGGCUUGUUCGUCAGCUAGCUAUCAUAGCUGGCUGGUUGGGAAGCUGGAGCGUUGGGCAUUGGUUUAUGUGCCUUUGUAAAAUCCCAUCCUUUUUUGUUUUGCGCUUUUUUCAUUGGGAAAUAAUAUUAUAGAAUCACGGUUUUUAGUUUG